AUGUUCCAGUUUCCACCAGCAGGCACUCCUAAUAGUGCCAAAUCCAAACAUCAUCAUCGUCGGAAGUCGUCAGGGGCUAAGACUCCUCAUGGGACUCCAGUAUCUGGGAUACCUCAAAUGAAUCACCAAACAGGUGGAUUCCCAGGAAUGGAUCCACAAAUGGCCCAGCAAUUCCAACAAGCAGCAGCAGCUCAACAGGCAGCAGCAGCACAACAGGCAGCAGCAGCACAACAGGCAGCAGCAGCACAACAGGCAGCAGCAGCACAACAGGCAGCGGCACAACAGGCACAAGCUGCUGCUGCUGGGAAGUUUUUUCAAAAUCAAUUUGCCUCUAAUCCUCAGAUGCCUCCACAAUUCGCCCAGCAAUUUCCUGGCCAAGCAGGUUUUCCUGGCCAACAGUUCCUCUAUGGUCAACAGCCACCACAGUAUGGAGCCGGGAUGGCUGGUGUUCCACUAAUGGGUCAACCACAACCACAACCACAACAAUCUGGAGUUCAAGAUCAAAUGCAACAAACGUUCAUGCAAUCGGUAUUGACCCAGUUCUAUAAUACUUUACCAGAUGCGGCAAAACAGUUAUACGCUAGUCUUGUUCCUCAAGCAAGAAUCCAACUUUUCUUUUAUCUUAGGGGAAUGUCACAAACUGCUCCCCCUGGGUUGACUCCCCAAAUGGUCCACGAGUAUCGAUUCAGAACUGACGCGGCAUACGCCCAACAAUUUGUGACAAUGCAAAACGCCAAUAAACAAAAGAAACCUAAAGAUGAUUACGGAUCAAGCGAUGAUGAAUAUUAUGACGAUGAUGGGGAAAGUCUUUGGAAUUUGUCGGAUUUUGAAGAUGGACUAGGUGACGAAGUGAACCAUAUCUUAAGCCGUCGAUCUUCGAUCAGCAGUCUUGGAAAGGAACGCAAGAUUCAUCAUGAUAGUGAUGAGGAUGAUAUCAUUGAUAAAGUGAUAAGGAAGUACGAUAACAAACGUUUACUUCGUAAAGAGCUCAAGAACCGCUCGAGAUUCAGAAAACAGUAUCUUUAUGAUUUAUCGGCAUUUAACCCAGCAACCGUCGAUCAAAAAAAACUCGGGGUGGUUCCUCCAAUUGAUAUUCUUGAAUUCGAUGAAGAAUACGUUAUCAAUGUACCAUUACCUGGUACCACUAAAGAAGAAAUAGACGUGGUGUUUGAUUUUGAUCGAUACACCUUGAUCAUCAGUGGGGAGAUUGCAAAAUACCCACCAGAAUACUAUAAGAACAAUGUGAGGGUGUCUGAAAGACCGGUUGGUAAGUUUGAAAGAUUGAUCCCAUUGCCUCCGGCCCCAAGAAUCAAUGAAAGGGAUAUUGACACCCGUUACAGAAAUGGGAUUCUAACGUUACGAGUUGCAAAAUACAGUGAUGAGAUGAAUCAAGUCCAGAUCCCGUUGCAAUAG